AUGAGUGAUUAAGAAAGUGAGAAUGAUCAAAGUAAUAGAUAAUCUGGUAGAUUACGAGAUAAGCAAAAGAGAAAGUACUUGAUGUUAGAUGCAUAAGUAGGUACAACAUGAUGAAUGAAGAAAACUAUCAAUAGGAGUAAAUUGAAAUAGGAAAUGAAAGAAGAUCAGCUAGAGUGAUUAAGAAGAAUUAUAUCAGCACAUAAAGUGAGGAGGAAGAGUCUGUAAAUGAACCAGUCAUAGAAACAGAAGUGAAGCGUAUUUUCAUUCCAGAGAUUGAUCAAAUUUUAUGGAGAAAAAUAGACUAAGACACAGCUUAAAUCUAAUAUUUGAUUAAAUUUAAGAAUAGAAGUUAUUUACAUACAGAAUGGCUAGAUGAAGAAAGAGUAAUAUUCAAUUUAUUAAAUAUCUUCAGAUCCUUGAAGAAAAGAAUGGCAAACAGAAAAUUAAUAGAUUUAACAAAGUUUUUGAGAAGCGAAUAUAGGAGGAAAUAGAUGACUUUAUAGAAGAUUAAUAUUUUGAUCCUGCAUUUUAAGAAGUUGAUCGUAUAUUGUCAUGCACAGAAAUAUUUCCUAUUGUUCAUCCAAAAAAGGGAUCUGAAAUGAUAGGAAAAUGGCCAUAAUCACUUACUAAAGUUAUGUCUCAUUUACUUAAUUUUACAAGAGAUCAGAUUCAUUAUGGUAUAUACUUUUUAGAAUGUAAAACACUCCUUAAUUUUGGAACCAUUAAUAAUCGUCUUUAUUUAGGAUAUUACAAAAUUUAUGAUGAUUNUUAAACUUUUGAUAUAAUCUUGCCAUUGUUUGAAAAGAACACAAUAGAAUCUUUUAACAUAUCAUCAGUUCGCAUUAAUAUGACUUGA